AUGGUGGUCGACGAUAGAUCUUGGUUCUGCAAAGCUGGGGCGAGUAUCUUCACCGACUUCAAAGAGGAACAUUCUGAUCUAUUCACGAUCACAGUAGCGAUGGUCUGGCUGCCCGUCCGUGCCAAAGCGCUGGAGCUCGUCCAGCAAAGGGAUGCGCUGACGGCAAGAGCAUCCUCCACUGAAAUGAGCAUGAUAUCUUCAAACAAGUGGCGCGAAACUGUGGUUGAAGGCGGUCUGAAGAAGCUGGCGGAUCAGAAAGCGAGAUACGCCGGCUUAAGGACCUGGUUUACCGCAUCAUCCACUGAAAUAGAGCCAGGAACCCUCAAUCGCCAGAUGGUGAAGAUUCUCCUAUUAGUCCACGCUCAAAGAAGAUUCCCUUUCAAGUCCGCCCACGGCUGCAAUCCUGCUGAAGAAAGUUUCAACCAGUCAAUUCCGCAACUCUUCAUGCCUCCUUGUGGCACAGAGGAAAGCUGCGCUGGCAAUUGCAGUUCGUAUGUUGGUGGUAGACUGCCCUGCAACAUCGUUGGGGCAGCUCGGCAGUCUUUGGAGACAUUGCUACAUCUAGUCGCAGCCAAUGUCGAACACCAGGAUUCUGAUCCGAAUUCAGAGGAAUCAUCACCAUCUUGUUUCUUUGGUCGUAACAUUGUUAAACUGCAGGGGACUCUCGAUGACUUGAAUAAGUAG